UCCUUUAUUUAGUAGGAACAUUAAGUUGAUCUGCGGUUGGGGGUAAAAGUAUACAAUAUGAUCAAGCUUCCUAGUAUCCAACAUUGUAUCCUUUUGAUAUCUACUUCGAUUGAAUUUCAUUCUUGUUACAUCAUCACGCAGAUUCUUCCUCUGAUUCAGAAAUAUAAAGCUGUCCAUUUAAAUAGAACGGAUGCUCGCCUCGCCAAUAAUGGUCAGCCCAUGGAGAUUCAGAGGCUUCGCUGCCGAGUAAACUUUAAUGCUUUGAGGUUCACUCCUCAGAUUGAAGAAUUGGGCAGAAAAGUAAUUAAAAUACUUAGGCAAAAUGGUCCUUUCAUGGUACUUCAUCUUAGAUAUGAAAUGGACAUGUUAGCCUUUUCUGGGUGUACUCAAGGCUGCAAUAAGGAGGAGGUGAACGAGUUGACAAGAAUGAGAUAUGCUUACCCGUGGUGGAAAGAGAAGAUCAUAAACUCUGAUUUGAAAAGGAAAGGCGGUCUAUGUCCUUUGACACCUGAGGAAACUGCUCUCACAUUAAGGGCAUUAGACAUUGAUCGUAAUAUCCAGAUUUACAUUGCUGCUGGAGAAAUUUAUGGUGGACAAAGAAGAAUGAAUAGACUUGCAGCAGCUUAUCCAAACUUGGUUCGGAAGGAGACAUUGUUGGAAUCUUCAGAUCUUAGGUCAUUUCAAAAUCACUCGUCUCAAAUGGCAGCACUCGAUUAUCUUGUUUCACUAGAAAGCGAUAUUUUUGUUCCUACCUAUGACGGAAAUAUGGCUAAAGUUGUUGAAGGCCAUCGGAGGUAAUGAUUUUGUGAUUAUUUGACUUGCGUUGAAAAUAAUUAGAAAGAAGAUUUCAACAAUUUGCACUAUAUUCUCUCUCUUUUCUCUGGGUAAUUAAUCAAACGCAAAGGGUGCAGAGUCAAGUAGGAUUUACGACCACAAUGAAGUUUGAACUCAUAUCCUGAAACUGAUUCUUUUUAAGCUCGGAUUUAUUGUAAUAGUUGAUUUGUUAAGUUAAAGUGUAUUUCG